AUGGGGUCAAUCAUGUUGUAUGCAUGGAUGGCACCAAUGUUCGUCAACAUAGUCACGCCGAAUGUGGUCUCAAGGGGAACCAGUUUGCAGACAAUAUCCGAUAGAGUCGUUGAGCAAGCAAGUGCUACGCAACAAACGAUAGCCUCCAAGUUCACGACGGUGGCCUCAAACCUUGAAGUGUACGCACUCAGCGGAACAUGUCGUCCCAGCAACAACGUCGUGCUUAUAAAGGUCCACAAAUGUGCCUCGUCCACGAUUGCCAAUAUCUUCACCCGCUAUGGCCUAAAGCACCAUCGGAACUUUGCACUGCCUCGCCAUGAUGUAGGGCACAUCGGCUGGCCGUUGUCGCUUCUCCCGAAACAUAUCGAGCCGAUCGGGAAAAAUCAGCAAAUUAACUUCAUCGCGCAUCACGUCACAUACAACGAGACGACGUUGACAAACCUCAUGCCAUCGGAAACGAAAUAUUUCACAAUUCUACGGGAGCCAUUUUCUCAAUUAAAAUCCGUGAUGUAUUAUUUCGAUAUUGAAACGAAAAAUUACAAUUUUAAAACAAAAGACAGAGUUGGUGAGUUUCUAAGCAAUCCGCAGUUCUAUGAACGGGAUAUUCCAUUUGUUUCGAACGGAUUUGUGUUGGGGAACAGGUCAAUGACCUUAAAUUUUAUGUCAACAGAUCUUGGUUUCGAGAAUGACUGGCGAACAGACGAAAACAAAAUUAACGAAUUCAUUACAAAUAUCGAUAAAAAAAUCGACCUUGUUUUGAUACGGGAACAUUUCGUUGAGUCUGUUGUAUUAAUGCGCCGUCUGCUUUGCUGGUCAUUGGAGGACGUGGUUUAUCUGAUUUUAAACAAACAGAAGUAUACAAAAAAUACUGCAGACGAAGUUUCGGAGGAGGAGACACUGCGCACAAAAUUCAGAGCUUGGAGCAGAGUGGACUUUCUGUUGUAUGAGUAUUUUAACAGGACUUUAUGGGACAAAAUAGCGCAACAAGGGCCGGACUUUUGGUCAGAGAUUGGGGUGUGUACGAUGGUCAAUCAGUUGGUGACAUUGUACUGCGCAGGUAAUAAAACAGAGCAGACCUUUAUAGUACCAGAAACUAUGUGGAAUAAAAAGUUCGAAUUUAAGGCUCAGGAAUGCCGAAAGUUGAAAAAGGGCCCUCAUCUUUUUAAUCGUGAGAUCGGUAUGAUGAUGGGGUUACCGAGGUUUAGUAACUUAAACCCUUACGCCAAAGAGCUUCUACCGCCUUGGCCUUGUUGUUGA